AUGACUUUCUCAAUUGUAGUCUUGAUAUCAGGAAACGGGACCAACCUACAAGCCCUCAUUGACGCGACAAAAACCUCAACACUCAACGCGACAAUCACGCUCGUAGUUUCCAACAAAACAUCCGCGUUCGGACUUACACGCGCCAUCAAAGCCGGUAUACCAACACUAGUACUCACACUUAAAGAAUACAUAGACAUUGGCAAAUCACGCGUCGACUACGACAUUGCGCUCGCCAAAAAAAUCAAAGAACAAAAUCCCGAUCUGAUAGUGUUGGCUGGAUGGAUGCACAUCCUGUCAAAAGAGUUUAUCAACUACUUUCCCAACAAUAUUAUCAAUAUACACCCGGCGUUGCCUGGACAAUUUGAUGGUGCACACGCGAUAGAACGCGCGUUUGAGGCGUUUCAAAGGGGCGAGAUUACAGAGACGGGUGUUAUGGUGCAUAAGGUUAUCCCGGAAGUGGAUAAAGGUGAGCCGUUGCUUAUUGAGCAUGUGCCGAUACUUAAGUCUGAUACACUGGAAGAUUUGGAAACUCGUAUACAUUCGGUUGAGCAUCGAUUGAUAGUACAAGCUGCCAUUAAAUUUCUCGAAUUAAUUUGA